CGGAAUUCGAUCGCGCAUGUCAAACUGAUUCAACCCCUUUGGAGAUUUGAGAAAUGUUGACAAAUUUUCUUAAUUUUCUUUAAAGAAACUAUUUUCUUUAUAGAACUUUCUUUUUAUGCAAAUUUACAGUAUUUUCAAUUCAAAAUAUGAAUUUUAAUGAAACAGAUUCACUAGCUGUGGUGGAAAGACUAUUUAAUGAAUUUUUUAACCCAUACACCAACAAUGUCAGGAAACAAGAGAUUGAAAUGCAACUCUCUAGCAUACAGAGCAGUCCGCACCUUGGAAAGUUAUGCUUGUAUUUCAUUUCACAUACUUCUAGUCAUUAUGUGACAAUGUUUGCUUUGCAAAAUUUAGAGUCUGUGAUAAAUCAACACUGGUCAAAGACGGACUGGUGUUUACAAGAGGAAAUCAAGACUACUCUGCAGACAAAUCUUAUUUUUAAAUGCCACGGUGUCCCACACUUUUUGAGGAAUAAAUAUGCCAAAUUAUUGGUGGAUGUGGCAAAAAUAGAUUGGCCGCACAGAUAUCCCGGAUUUUUUGAUAGUGUUUUGGAAUUAAUGAGGUCUGAAAGUUCCAACCAAAUCAUUGGCCUGGUAUUAACAAAAACAGUGUUUGAAGAAUUCACGGGCAUCAACACCACCUUUGAAACUUUGGACCGGAAAAAAGAAAUUGUAAAGCUCCUAAGCAGUUACCUGCCGGCACUUUUUGACAUUUUAACGAAUAUUUUGGACACUGUCUCUAUUAAAUCUAAACACAGUACCACAACAACCCCACCUCCCUCUCCAACAAAUCAAACCCAAGUCCAGCACUCCCUAGCCAAUCAGAUAUCGCAGGCAGAUUUCCACAGUGAUGCGAGAUUAUUAGCACAAGAAACUCUGAGUACAAUUCAGCAAUUGUUUAGUUGGGUUUCAAUAGAAAAAGUGCCUGGCAAACUUUUGAAGGCCAUAUUUAGGUUUAUGGGUUGCUCAAUGAACUCUCAGGAUGAAGAAAACGAAUUAUGUGUUAGUGCCAUAUCGACGAUAAACGAGUUGUUUUAUAAAAAUUGCAGCCCCAGGGGCACCGAGGGCUAUUUUAGGGAUAUUUACAAUCACAUUGUUGAAAUUCUAAGAAGCAUUACAAGCUCUACAGGCUGCAUGGAUAGUAUAAAUGAAAUGUUUGUAAAGAAACUUUGUGAAUUACUUGUGUUGUUACUUGAGCAGCAUUCAUGGAGGCUCGAAGAAGAUCCAGCAUUUACUUUAUUGGAAUUUUUAAGUAUUUUUUUCCAGUUUUCAAUGCAUUUAUCUAAUCCAUUGUGUUUUUUGAGUUGUUUAAGUGUAUGGUCUGUGUUUUUCAAACAGAUUAAACCUACUAAUGCACAAAAGUAUUCAGAAGUAUCUGUAGCUUUAGGCAGUGCCUUAAUAAAAAAAAUUCAAUUCAGUUACAAUUUUAGCCAAUUAGUUGAUCUCAAUACCACAGAAGUUGACGAAAAUAAUAAAACGGACCUGCAGUAUUUCAUUAAUUCAUCUGUAGAUAUUGUUUCUCAAGCUGCCAAUUUUGCACCUUUUGAGACCUUUAGUCAAACACUAAAUGCUUGGAACAUUUAUGAUAAAGAAGUAGAGCGGUGUUCUGAAAUUUGGACUGACCAUCAUACAUCUAGCAACGCAGAGACUGAAAAAUUAGCCUAUAUUCUUAGGGACUUUUCCACUUUGACUUUUACACUUGCUAGUUUAGCACACCAUUUUUAUUCUAGUGAAAACGAGGAUAUCAACAACAGUGCUACCCCUCUCAUUUUCAACCUAAUGGAAAACACCCUUAAAAGUGCCUCUAAUUAUAAGAAAACGAAAUCGUAUGUGCUUAGGUGCAACAACCCAAAACUAACGCAGGGAUUCAUAGAUUUACAAAGUGAACUAUUGAAUUCUUUAAAAACCUGGUUAAACUGGAUGGAAUAUAGAAAUCAACAAUGUGGAAACCUGGAUGUUUUUUUAAAAUUGAUUUUACCGAUUUUAAUAGACGCUGAUAAAACACCGGUCCAAAUAUCUAUGUCCGCUGCGCAGUUAUUAUUGGAACUUGCGAGAAGGCCGAAUAGUUUGUGCCCGUUUACACAUCUGGCCGUAUCUGAAUUUAUUCGAGAGGUGCCUAGUUUAAAAUUUUUAUCCAUCGAUGUUACAAAUACAGUGAAUAGUGCUGUAUGCGAUAUUCUUUUGAAACAUCUAAAAUCGUUUGACCAAGAGACGUUGCAGCGAUACAAAUUACUCAUUGGGCUGUUUUUUAAUGACUUGACUAGGGACUUCAGAGAUUUAGUGCCAAACACUGUAGAAACUAAAGUGCACGCCACUGUGCAGACUGCUCUACCUGCAUUAAGCCAUGUGAUAGAUUACUGUAGAGGAUUUCCGGUGAUUGCUAAGAAAGAGCUUACCCUCGCCAUAAAACCAACAUUGGAUCACGCCUUACUUUUAUUUCCGGUCUACGUAAAAUAUGCAGAGACACACAAUGUAUUUUCACAAUUUUUCAUGUCGGUUUUGAAAAAUCUGCAGUCUCAGAUUGGAGCAGAAUUUACUAAAAACGCCAUGCAUAUAUUUCUGCAGGUAGCUGUUGGGGAACAACAGUCUCAGAGUCUAGAAGGCAUGCAGCACCUACUAGAAAUAUUUUGCACGGUAAUAAAUGAGAAACAUAAUAAAAAUUUUCUACCCGAAAUUUUGCAACUUUGCAUGGAGAGCAUUUAUCCAUUUUUACUACCAAAGGCCAGUGAAAACCCGGAUGUAUUUUCUGUAUUCCUUCAGCUACUCUAUAGUAUACUUGAUUGCCACUGGUUGUACUUCUACAACACCCAAGUAAGUCUAGGUUAUUCUCCAGGAGGCUGCGACGUAGAAGUAGGACCGGACCUUCCUAAGAAACCUGAUCAACUUUUGGCUCUUUUAAAAGUGUUUGGUGAAGCUCUGUUACUGGAUGACCUCAACAUAUUCCGACAAAGCCUUCUUAUUUUACAGGAAUUAAAUAAAAAUAAGAAAUUAUACCACAAGGGUCUUUUUCGCUCUCAUUUGCUGCCAGAGUUACUACGAGUACUUCUAAAUACUUUGUUAUACAAAAGGCAAGGGAUUUCCAACGAAGACAUAAUUCUUGCGGUAUACAAUAUGGCAGAGGUAGAUUUCAAUGGAUUUUUCUCGACAUUCCUGCCUCAUUACAUCCAGAGUUUGGAUGGAGUCACUCCCAGAGAUUAUGAAUUGUUAGCGGUGCAUUUUGGUGGGACAGAUUUGGAUGUUCCAUCCUUUAUGCAACACCUACAAAAUUUCGCGGCCGAUUUCCAGCAUUUAAGGAAGUGCAAUAGUUAAUCAUUUAUUUUUGUUUUGUAUUUCGGAUUUGUACUAAAUGACUUUUUUUCAAUUUUUUUGACUAUUAUAUAGUUUAGUAAUUUA